AUGAGCCAGGUCCAAGGUUCACCCAGAGAGUCCAGUAGGGACAGAAACGAAAGAGGGGUCAGAGAUUGUCAUCCAUGUCAGCUGUUGCUCAUUGGAGAUGAAGCCAUCUGAGUGCUGGUGAGCACCAAUGGGCGUGUGCUAAUUGCAGCAUCUUGUUAUGGGAGAGGCCGGAUGGUGGUUGUUUCCCAUCAAGGAAUCUCGAAGGACUCCAAGUUUUCCCAGUUCCUCAGAAAUGCUGUGGAGUGGCUCAAGCCUUCCCCUGAGGCCCUGGUUGGGGUCCAUCCUCAUUUGGAUUCCCUCUCCCAGCUGCUGCUCAGGGCUGGCAGCAAAGUACAGGCUGGGGCAGAGCUCAGCCCCUCCCUGGGGGUGUACUGUAUGGAUGCCUAUGAUGCCACACAGGCAAAACACCUGGUGCACUUUGUAAAGGAGGGUGGAGGGCUGCUCCUUGGUGGCCAAGCCUGGCACUGGGCUAGUCGACAUGGUAAGGAGAAGGUGCUGUUUGAAUUCCCUGGGAACCAGGUGACCAGCGUGGCUGGUGUGUACUUCACAGGCAGCGAAGGAGAGACUGGCACUUUCUCAAUGUCCAAAGAAGUGGUGAGAAUUUCUCUGAUCACCCAAAAUGGAUUGGAUGUGAAAAAAAAAAUUAAAGUCCUUUUGAAAGGAGUGACCAAAUUCAAAAUAGAAGAUGGCAGUGUCCUCUCCCAUCUACUCAUCCAUGGUGCAUUAACAUUUCCUAUCUCUGUGAAUGACUCCCACCAGGCAUUCCUUGCAGCUGUAUCUGUACACUAUGGCAGGGGCAGUGUUGUGGUACUUGCUCAUGAAAACAUUUUCCAAGCAUCAGCAAUGAUAACCUUUAUCCUCAAUGCCAUUGGCUGGCUUGAGGCUGGAAGGGGAGGAGAAGUUGGUAUUGCUGGUGAUCUGCAGGACUUUUUCACUCUCCUAAGCCAGGAGAAGAUCUCUUACAAGCUAAUAGAUCUUAAGGAAAACCUGAAUGUGUACUGCUGCAAAGCUUACAGUGAUGAGGAUGUAGAGAAGAUUCAUGAGUUUGUUUCAACAGGCAGUGGUCUGAUGGUUGGAGGACAGGCAUGGUCCUUGGCUGCAGUGAAUGCUGGUGAGAAUGCCACUGCUGAGUUCCCUCGGAACAAAAUACUGCAAAAGUUUGGAGUUGGUAUCUUAAGAGAUAGCACCAAGUCAGUGCAGAUUGGCUGUCACACUGAUGACCUCAGCUAUGCUGCGGAGCUGAAACGGCCUCUCUUGGUGGUAAAGAAGUUCAAAGUUGAAAAAAUCACCAUGGCAGUCUCUUGUCUGUGGGAUGGCCUCAUAUGCUUCAACCAUCUGUCAGCACCCUGGGCUGAGCUGGCCACAGAGAACAUCAUCCUGACAGUACCAGCUGCUGAUCUACACUACAUGGACAACCCAGAGAGUCUGCUUUCAAUCUGGAAUCUAUUGCAUUCAUCAUCUGGAAAAUGA